AUGGGAUCUUUAUUUAGCUCUGUUGACUCUAUUUUACGUACACGACCAGUUUUUGAUUGGGAUUGUAUAUUAAGACUAGAAGCAAGAACAGCAACCUUAGCAGAUUGCUAUAUUCAAAUGGUAAAAUUUGCUGCCACUAUUAAUCGCCUUCCUUCAAGCAAUACUUUAAAAACAGCUAUUAUAGGUAUCUACAAUCGCCGUUACCAAAAAUUCGAUCAUGAAGCAUAUUAUUUACAUCCAGAAUAUCGUGGUAUGAUUAAUUUAAUUUAUUCUAAUUUAAUUUAUUAUAAAUUCAGUUACUAA